AUUUUCAUUUUUCCAAUUUAUUAUAACUAAUAAUUAAACCAUUUCCCGUUCGUAUUUCUUGCGUAUAAACUAACAACAAGUAUUCGCCGCUAUGGACUUAAAAACGUUCGGCGAAGAUGAUUUUGACCCCAAAAAAUGGAUCAACAAGGCCUGGAGUUCUAGCGGCAACCAAGAAAAAGAUAUAUUCGUCAACAACACAGUAACCAGACUACAGCUGUACAUGAAGCAGCUUACAAAUUCACUGGACGAGACAACUACUCAAAUAGUGACCUCAAUCCCUCGGGUGCUUCAAGACGCGUCUUCCCUCCAGUUAGAAGGCGCGCUGCUACAGCAGAGACUCCUGUCUCUGGAGCAGAUGGUGCGAGACGUGCAGGAACAGACGGGGCACUCCAUCGAGAGCCUGCAAAGGACCGACCAGCUCAAGAGCCGGCUGGAGAACGCAGCGUCGACUCUCCGUGAAGCCGACAAGUGGGCGGCGCUAGCGGCGUGGCUUGAAGACGUUUUGGAAGCAGGAGUGCCGACUGGAAGUAAUGAGCUACAGGAGUUAGCUGGGAGAGUGGCAGCCAUGACGGCUAGCUUGGAGGUGCUAAGCGAAGCCCCGGAUUAUGAGAGCAAACGUCUGCAGCUGGAAACAUUAUACAACAGGCUGGAGGCAGCUAUAACCCCGCCUUUUAUUGAAGCACUCACACAGAUGGACGCUGACCGCACCUCCGUCUACGUGUCCCUUCUAACUGGCAUGUCCCGCGGCGCCCCGGCUCGGCGCUGCUGGCGGAGAGCGGCGGCGGCGCGGCUGGUGGCGGGCUGGCGGCGGCUCGAGGCACACAGCUCACCGGCGCUCACACAUUUGCUGGCCGCAGACGCUAACAAGCAGGCGAGUGUAGUCUGGUAUAAUUUCCUAUGUAUUCUACAGGUGGAAUGGCUAACCAACGUACUGAAAGCUGACACGCCUUUGGGGGAACUAAUACGCUUGUACACUGACCUGCUGCUGUCACUCGAACCACCUCCGACUAAAGUGGCCUCAGCGAGCUUCAAACUGUGCUCGACCCCGGAAGAAGGAAUCAAUCUGCUGACCGACUUGAGGAGGGACAUAGAUGAGUUCAUCACCUUCAUCAGGAAUGUCAUUGACGCGCCGAGGCCGAAUAAAGAAAUACUCCUACCAGCGACUCUCAGGGAAUUCGGACGCGCUGCGUACGCGCCUUUGAGGGAAUUGCUACCUUCUUACACAGAGCUACAAGGGCGAAUGUUGCUUGAGAAACUGUCUGACCCUCAGCUGCAGCAGGAGGACCUUCUAGAACAGUCCAGAGCGUUGCUGUCAAUCGCUGAACGCUGCGACGACUGGCUGGCCACAGCGUAUAGCAAGGCGAAGAAGAUCGCUGGCAUCGCUGUAUACCCUUACUACUUGCCUGCUGUUGAUAACUUCUUCACAGCUCUCUCCAACCUGAUAUCUUCACACAGUCGCACCAUCGAGACCAGUUUCUUGGAAUCGGCGGGCCGAGGGCGGGGAUCCGGCGUGCUUUGCGCGGCUUUUCCGGCGGCGUUAGCGUUGGAGGCCGCCGCCGCCGCCGCUUUGAGUGCCGCCGCCGCCGGACACGCUAGAGAGAGUAAGGAUGAAGGUAAGUAUUGUGGUGACAUCUAUACUAAUAUUAUAAAGCUGAAGAGUUUGUUUGUUUACUUGAACGCGCUAAUCUCCGGUACUACUGGUCUGAUUUGAAAAAUUCUUUCAGUGUUAGAUAGCCCAUUUAUCGAGGAAGGCUAUAGGCUAUACAACAUCACGCUACGAUCAAUAGGAGCAGAGCAAUAAUGAAAAAUGUUGCGAAAACGGGUUUUCACGCGUACGAAGUCGCGGGCACAGCUAGUCUAUCAUAUAACUACAAACUAGUGACAGUCAAUCACCAACA